AUGGAGACUGUGGUCAUUGUGGCCAUUGGUGUCCUAGCCACUAUCUUCCUGGCUUCCUUUGUGGCUUUGAUUGUGGUAUGCCGACAACGGUAUUGCCGGACCAAGAAUCUUCUGACACACUACAACAACAAGCCAACCGUGGAUUUAAUUGGAGCAAUGGAAACCCAAUCCGAGCCAUCAGACCUAGAACUGGAUGAUGUUGUCAUCACAAACCCCCAGAUUGAAGCAAUUCUGGAAGAUGAAGACUGGAUUGAAGAUGCCUCUGGCCUUGUGUCUCACUGCAUUUCAAUUCUAAAGAUCUGCCAUACCCUGACAGAAAAACUGGUGGCUAUGACAAUGGGAUCUGGCGCUAAAAUGAAAUCUCCAUCCAGUCUUAGUGAAAUCAUUAUUGUUGCCAAGAGGAUCAGCCCCCGAGUCGAUGAUGUGGUCCGUUCUAUGUACCCUCCUUUAGAUCCAAAGCUGCUUGAUGCAAGAACCACUGCUCUCCUCUUGUCUGUCAGCCAUCUUGUAUUGGUGACCAAAAAUGCAUGUCACUUAAAAGUUGGUUUGGACUGGAUAGACCAGUCAUUGUCAGCUGCAGAGGAACACAUGCAAGUUCUUCGAGAAGCCGCUAUGGCAACAGAACCAGAAAGAAUCAUCCCAGGAACGGAAAACUUUCUGCAAGAGCAGUCUACAAUAUGA